CGCCGCCGCUAACCUGCAGAUCCACGUGUUUGUGUUUCACUCACUCGUCCUUCACGCCUGCAUGUGCUUCUGUGGACACAAACACAAGAGGUUGAGAGGAACGCUGGUGGAAUGCAAGCCCGUAGUGACCGAGACCCAUAACUCCAGCCCAACCCCCUCAAGGUCAUCUGAAGCUUCUACAAACACACAGACCAGAUCUGCUCAUUCUCGAGGUUCUGCACAGAAACCAACACACUGACCUGAAGAGCCUGUGAUGAGACGUCAAACAUUCAUCGAUCAGAGAAGCAUAAAGCGACGCUCGUGGACUAGACCGUAUAUCACACUUAAGAGAUCUAGAAACGUCUCUGGGAGGAACGGAGAGGAACAGUAUUUCUUUUCAAAGGCUUCGUUCCAGUUCUCGAUUGCGUUUCAUUUAAGUAUCAACUUCGUCUCAGACGUUCCUCAUAAAGUUCCUGAGGUGAACGCGUUUAGGAGCAGUGGUUGACACGCAGUAAGGGUACAGAUCCUAUUUGCACAAUUCAAUUUUGAGGGAAUGUGAUGAGACACCAUCACGGUCAUGUUGAGACUUCGGCGUGUACACGAGCACAGUUUGAGACGUUCUGUGUCAGAUUAAUAAGGGCAAAAGCAUCUGAGAAACAGGAGAAAUCUUCAUAUUCUCUGCUAUUUGUGUCCAAGAGACACAGUUGAGACAUGAGAGACUACGAUAUUAAGACUUUAGUACGUACACGAGCAAACUUUGAGACAUUCUUGAGAUCUCUUUUGAAACUCGGUAGAUGUGCAAGAUUCCCUCAAAGGAACCGCAUCGAUCCCUUCUUCUUCAAGUUUCAGUUCAAGAACGUGGAAUACUCGUCCGGCCGAAACAAAACCUUUCUGUGUUAUCUGGUGGAUCAAGGUCCCGGGGCCGACGGUCUCCUCAGAGGUUACCUAGAGGACGAGCACACGGGUUCACACGUGGAGGAGGCGUUCUUCCAGCAGGUCCUGCCCAGCUGUGACCCUGCCGGUAAAUACACCAUCACAUGGUACGUGUCGUCCAGCCCUUGCGCAGCCUGCGCCGGGAAACUGGCCGAGAUCCUGGAGGCUCGCAAAAGCGUCCGUCUGUCCAUCUUCUCCGCUCGCCUCUUCGAUUGGGAGGAGCCGGCGAUCCAGGUGGGGCUGAAGGCACUGGCGGCCGCCGGCUGUAAACUCCGCAUGAUGAAGCCGUUAGAUUUCAACUACACCUGGGACACCUUCGUGGAGAGCGAUGAUCAGCCGUUCACGCCGUGGGAGGACUGCCAGGAAAACUACGAGUAUUAUCAGGAGAAACUGGCUGAUAUUCUGCAGUGAGACGGAUGAUGGGCGCACGCUUUCCAAAAGUGAAAAGAGAGAGAGACUGUGUGAGCGAGAGAGACUGUGAAACACGUGUGUCUGUUGUCUGAAAUGUUGUGAAGAUACAGAUUGAUUUCAGUAUGUAGUCUUUGUAAUGUCGACGGGACGCUUGAAAUGUUUCCUGUUGAAUCAUCCGUCAAGACUUCUGUUUACUUCUCCGUGGUGCCUCACUUCUCACCUGUUUUAUAUUGUGGACCUGUGAUGGAUUUUAGAUUCGUUUUAUUGAACUUUUUUACCUUCAUGCUGGUCAGAGCACGAAUUCACACUGAGAAAAUGAUCGAGAAAUGUAGUUUUUUUUAUUCGAAUUUCAAAUAAAUAAACGUUACAGCUGUUUUGAGAUAUUGAUAAAGCACACGAAUAUGAAAAUAACUACGUGUGGUAAAGGUUCACCUUCACCGUUUUGGAAAAUUAAAUGGUUUUGUCUUGUU